AUUUUAGCUCCUCUCUCUCUCUCUCUCUCUCUCUCUCUCUCUCUGAGUCUUGACCGCUCAGACACAGCCACAGCAACAUAGCAGAGAGAGAAAGUGAAAGGAGAGUUAUAGAGAGAGAGAGAGAGAGAGAGACCUUUUCAGAAGAUAGAAAAGGGCCAAAAAGGGGGAGAGAGGAAGGAAGGAAAGGAGGAAAGAAAUAUUAAGGAUGGGAGGGACUGGAGAGACAGAGACAGAGAGGAGUGAGACUUGAAAAACACGCCAUUGGAGAGAAGAGAAGAAAGACACCCACAGACACAGGGAGACAGAGGAAGAGAGAGGAGAGGACCUCUCUCUCUUUUAUCUUCUGCAACAACAUGGGUAGAGGUUCUUAGGGCUUCUUGGGAAUCAGUAAACCAGUCCCACUAUUGUCUAAUCUCCCCGGCCCCAGCCCCGCUCUGCUUCUUUAAGAGGAUAAUUUGGGGCUCUCCUCCGUGUCCGAUCCGAGAUUCAGACACACCCGACAAGACGGCGCCGCUGUGUACUUUAACUUUGCUUUGCUGAGCCUAUCCUAACGAGCUGCGAGGACUCGGGCACGGGAAAAUGUUGGACUAUGAAUGGGCUGCUGCGAACCCCUCUUCGGUGAUGCUCUCGGCCGACGAUCCCGCUUGCCCCGAUCCCUCCCAUGGUCACCCCUUUGUCGACCACUAUGCCGCAGCCACUGUCGGAGCGACUGGACACCACGUCCUCCCGGUGCCGACAGAGGCCGCCGGUGGCCCUGCAUUCUUCUCAUCACACUUCAACCACUCCUACCACCACCACCAACAGACCGCCCAUCAAAACAACCUCUUCCCUUUCUAUGAAUCACGCAGCUACGGCACUGUGCCGUCCGACUACCACUCUGGCCCUGGCCCCUUCUACCAUGACUCCUACCCCGGCCCGGGCAGCGGAGGCCUCUUCAUGGCGGUGCCGAAGAGGGAGGACGCGGUGGCCCAGGCGGCACCAGGUUCGGGGGGCGACUUCACGGCAAGGAUUGGGCUGAACCUUGGGGGCCGUACGUACUUCUCAUCGGCGGAGGACGACUUCGUAAGCAGGCUCUACCGCCGGUCCCGGCCGCUGGAGGCAGUGGGGGGGUCUGCCAAGGCGCCGCGGUGCCAGGCGGAGAGUUGCAACGCGGACCUGACGCACGCGAAGCACUACCACCGGCGGCACAAGGUUUGCGAGUUCCACUCCAAGGCCGCCGCCGUCAUAGCUGCCGGGUUGACUCAGCGAUUCUGCCAACAGUGUAGCAGGUUUCACCUUCUCUCGGAGUUUGACAAUGGCAAGCGAAGCUGCCGGAAGAGGCUGGCCGACCAUAACCGCCGCCGGAGGAAAUCUCAGCAACAGCCGAAUCUGGAAAUCCACAAGCCAUCUCCUCAAGCUGGCCAAAGCGCAUUGAUUGAUAGGCUCGCAAUGUCUCUGCAGGAUUCGGGGAAUCAAUCAUCAUCUUCCGUGACCAUAGCAGUGUCUCCUCCGAGAAUGUCGCUCGACUCUUGUUUCAGGCAAAGACCAAUAUAUAACCAGCAACCCCAGGCAUCUUCAUCUUCAGCUUCAUCUGGCUCACUCUUUUUCUCUAGCGGGUGAUUUCAUAUAUAUCCUCCUGAAGGCUGAUGACUAUAAGAUUCAAGCCAAUAUUAGCCAUUAUAUAUUGUCAAGGGAAAAUAUAUAUGUCGAGUAUUAGUUAGCUAGCUAUCUAUAAGCUCAGUUAUUAGUCUAGUCUAUCGUCAGAUCUUUGAUUUCUUCUUCGAGUAUUAACCACUUAUGCGCGAUGAUGGGUCAUUUAACCUUGUGAUGACCGACCAAGAUGUGGGUAUUGAUUAAAUGUGAUCAUCUAAUCUAAUUUCUCUUGAAAUUCAAUUCCGCAUACAAUCUCUUCUA